AUGUCUCAGGCUCUAGCUACUACAGAAUUUGGUGAGAGUUAUGACAUCAAUCCCAAGGCGAAAAUUGAGGAAGUCUUUAAGUUGGCAUUGAGUGUGAUGCCCAAUCCCGCUAACGAUCUUGAAUGCGACGUAGAAAUCACUGCACAAUUCGGUUUCGACGAGUUAAAAGCGUCCAUCAAUGCAUCUAUCAGUGAUAGAACCAGUGAUGAUGACAAGUACAAGAUGGUGGAUGUAGGCUCCUUCCUCUGCGUGGUUAGCGAUCAUGCGACAUCCCGCGCCUCCACUAUCAACGAAUACUUUGAGGCAGUCUGGCCUACUACCAAAGUCAAGGGUCUCAACGCUGUUAUUGCUAUCGAAGAUCGACUCAGGCAUGCAGUUGGAUGUCCCAAGAGACCAGUAACUGCGCCACAGAGUAGUAUCAAGAUGGACAUAAUGACCACUGAACUUGAAGAGGGUGGAGUCAUAAGAUCGUCUCAGUCGUUCAAAUUCAAAGCAAAGCCUAGUGAAGCUCUCCACGCAUUCCAACAUAUAGCCUGGCUUACGACUAGUCUUCGACGUCCGGACCUGAAUACGCCUCAGCAAGCUCUCGUCUCCAUCGAAGAUAACAAGAGUAGCAAAGAUGCAUUACGCUUCAUCAUCCGCGACCGGGGGCUCGGUGGAAGGACAGAUGAUGGACUGUUAAACUCCCUAUACCAUGCGGAGAGUAGAUUUGUCUUCACGCGGAAUUUCGAAUCUAAGAUAAAUUCUGAUAAAGCGGACAUCGAGUCGAUCACUUAUUGGCUGCCUGAUCGUCGAAAUGAUCAACGCAGACUUACAUUCUCAUAUGAGGCUAUGAAGGCCUUACUUGGAUAUCAGGAGGUCCAAGAGGACAUCGAAGAAAAGCCGUCAAUUAUGUACACAACCAGGCAAGUCCUAGCUCUCGUCGGCGAGAAGCGAUGGGUCUAUUUGUCGUUGGCACAUUAUUUGAAAGAGAAGGUCGGGAGCAGUACAAGGUCCGUCAGUCGUCCGAAAGAUUCUCGAUCAGGACGUGAUCCCCGUCUAUCGAACUUCCUCGGGAAACCGGAAAAUCGCGCAGAACUACGGAAAGACAUCAGGGCUUGGUGGAUUUCUGUGGGUAAUUCGUCUGUGAGCAUGCUUGAAAACCAUUACAAGGAGUCAAGGCACGAGCACAUAAUCGAGGCGCCUCAUUUCGAUGAACGUUGGUACGAGGGAGUAAGGACUCCUCUCCUUGAAGGCUCUCCGGCUGAACCUAGCUCGGCUACCCUCAGUAUGAGAUACCGCCCGUCAUCCCCAGUUGUUCCAGAAGACCGCAUGAUCAAUGCGGCGGUGGACAUACAUGGAAAUCGUUGUCUUUGGCUUACUUACAAAGAGUUCGGGAAAAGGUUUGGUCUCCAAAAGAAUGAUCACGUCCCAGGCGGGAUCAGUCCAAUAUAUAUUACGGAUACCUUCAUUCUUUUCCUUUAUGGGUACAGCGAACCAAAGUGGGGACAACUUAAACUCCAGAGUGACGGAGUUGAACUAGUGCCUCCUGAGCAUCAGGAUUGUCAGAAUUUGCAAGAUCUGCUGGAAAGGUUCUUGGUCAAACAGGAAUUCCCUCGAGCGGACGACCUUCUGAACAAUGAGAAUGAAGUAUGCGAGUGUCACUCAGAGCAUCAAAAGGAAUGGGAGAGGUUUCUCGAGAUUGAAUUCUCAGGCAACAACAACAAGUCUACAUCACCCGAGUCUGACAGCAGUCUGGACUUACCUCCACCCAAAAGACAGAAUACAGGGCAGAAGUAG